AGUCGUACAGUGGAGAGCACCACUCUGGGAGAAACUCCCGUGCAAGUAGGAUUUAUGUGUUCAUUCUAUGUGUGUGUUGUGGAUUACAAACUUACAGGAUACAAUACAUUCUUUGUGGAAUACUUCAUAAAAUAAACAAUAACACAACAUUGUGAUAACAUUUCUGUACUUUUCAAACUUUUGGGAUGAUAUUCAAAAUGAAGCAACAGAACCUUUUUAACGGAGUCGUCAUUGCGCUAUUGUCGGCCAUGACAGUGAUCGCCGCGUGUCCGUCCAGCAAGUGUACGUGUACCAAAGGAAGCAACGGAAUCGAAAUCGACUGUAGAUACAAGAAUCUGAACAUGGUGCCAGCAUUCACUGACACACAAGAGAAAUAUUACAAACUCAAACUGGGACACAAUAACAUCCAGGAAAUCUCAUCAAGGGCUUUCCAUGGUCUGAAUAUUGAGAAAUUGGAUCUCUCCUAUAACCCAAUCACGAGGCUCUCCCCACAGGCGUUUAUCGGGCUUGCCAACCAACUUACUGAACUCAUCUUACAAGUGAAUCCUAAGGAAGUUGUGAGCUUUCCACCAGAGUUGUUACGCACCCAAGUAAAAUUACGGACGCUCAAGUUGAAAGGUUUUACACUUGCUAGCUUGCAAAGUGGAUUAUUCAAAAAUAUGACCAAUCUCGAGCAGUUGACACUCGAACGCUGUCGGAUCUCAUACAUUCAUAAGGAUGCAUUCAUUGGAAUAGAAAAGAGCCUAGUCGAGUUAAAUCUACGCGGAAACAUGCUCGGGUCAGUGCCAAAGGAAUCGUUACGAAAUCUAACCAAAGUUAAGAAACUUGUACUAGGACAGAAUAAGAUAACAAUGGUCAAAUCUAACACAUUUGCCAAGCUGACAAACUUAAAAGAUUUAGACUUAUCACAAAAUAAAAUACUUGGAUUAGAACUGAAGGCUUUCGAUGGGCUGAAAAAUUCCUUGGAGUUUUUAGGACUGCAUGUUAACAUGAUCAGUCAGGCUAAUUUGGCUCCGUUAGCGAACCUGACACGAUUAGAACAGUUGAACAUAGCACACAAUAGCCUUACUAGUACUCUUCCUGACAACACGUUUAAGAACAUGAACAGUUUAGCGUAUUUGAACAUUCAGGGGAACCGGCUUACUAGCAUCAGUCCAGCUACGUUUGAAGGUUUGCACAAACAGCUCAAAGUUUUGUUACUAUCGGAAAACAUGAUUACUAAACUUCCCGACGAGGUAUUCCAUCAUUUUGAACAGUUACAGGAGCUAUAUUUAGACUUGAUGAUGUUGGGUGGUACGCUAGGCCCACAUACGUUUCACGGUUUAGAGGAUACCUUGGAGUACCUUACGAUGGAAGGAGUGAAGUUCCAAACAAAAGAUUGGAACUCGGUGCGAUUCCUCAAAAACUUGAAUACAUUGAACCUCUGCCAAAACAGCAUUGAUUCAAUUGUACCGUUUACGUUCAAAAACAUGCCGAAACUGGCAAAUCUCUUACUGAGUAACAACAUUAUUGAGAACAUUACCCAAGAUGAUAUGAGAGGCUUAGAGGGAAGCUUACAACAGCUCGUCUUAGACAGUAACAAGAUCAACUCCAUUGAUAAUUGUACUUUCCGUGACUUCACCGUCCUUCGAGACCUCAACUUGGACGGCAAUCCGCUACACUGUGACUGUCGUCUGCUCUGGUUGAAAAACUGGAUGAACAAACAACUCAGUGACACGGCAAAAACGAACAUUCUCUGGGAGUGCUCAUCGCCACCUAGUAACCGUGAUCGACACUUCCGGUUUGUUGCUGAAAAAGACUUGACAUGUCCAGAUCCGCAACCAGCGUCACCUGUGUGCAAAGAUUACAAAUCAGUUCUCACGCCUGUCAUCAACGAUCACCCAAGCAUCAAUAUCACUUCUGUGAUGAACGGAGCAGAUUACUUGGUUGUCAGAUGGAAACUAGACAAUAGUAACAAGGUGACCAGCGUCAGGAUCUACUACAAACUGUCAUCAGAUGAUACGACAUCAUACAGUCACACUUCCCUCAUCCAUCCAGCUGUCAAGGAAUACAAACUCAGUGGCCUCAUCCCGUCAGCAAACUACACGGUCUGCCUUGGUCUCGAUCUCAACGAGGGUAUCAUCAGUGACCUGCCGCCAGACAACUGCUUAUUCGUCAAAACUAAGGCACCUGUGAUGAUAAACUUCGCAGCUGAUGAUCCCAAUGUGUUCCCAUCCGUCAUCAUAGGGAGCGCCCUCGGGGGUGCAUUGCUUCUGUUGCUUCUCGUGAUAUUCAUCGCCGUCACGGUGUGCAAGUACAAGAAAAAGAAACGUGCCCACAUGUACUGUACAGCGGCCCGGCCGGCACCGCCAUUACCCAGUAUACCCCAGCAGACCAAAGUCUGUAAUGACCCAAUGCCGCAAGUAGGAUCUGGUACGAAACGUUUUACUCGUCCAAAAUCUAUUGACUCUUUAGCGUCCGGAGAAGACGUCGAGCGAUGUAUUGGCACAGUAUACACGUUCCGACCUGGAUUACAACCGUGGACGCCUGGCCGGACUCAACCCGGCGACUCGACGUGUAGCAGCACGAGGAAGGCCCAGUGCAUGGGCCAGCAUAUCUACGAGGAAGCGUACUGGAGCAACCAACACAUCUACCAGGAGGCUAACUGCAGCGGUCUACAUGUCUACCAUGAAUACGACGACGGCCAGCAAGCCAUGUGCUCUUGGAGAAACGUUUGAGGGGCGCUACCUUCAAACUUAGGAGUUCAGUCAACAGGAUCAUGACGUGGAGUACCGUUCGUGGAAGCAUGUCUCGCUUGUGGUUAAUUCCUGUGACAGACAUGUACAAUGGCAAUCUAUAUAUAAUACAGCAAUGUGUAUGUCUAUCACAGGCGAUAAAUCCAAGCUGUAUGUUUCUACGAUGACGCCGUGCCGUCUUGCAAGAUGGUGCUGCGUCUUCAGUUUGUGAGACCUGCAAACGCCGUGCUGCAGGUCCCAUCUGCAGAUAAGUUCCUGGAGUUGCAGUCUGCCAUCGGAGGAUAUCUCAAAACAGGAUGCUGCAGCCUGCAAGUUGCUCGCUGAUUGUAAUCUAAAUGUGGAAACUGCAGUCUACAAGUGGAAGGGAUUGCAGACUUAAUGUGGAUACUGCAGUCUACAAGUGGAAGGGAUUGCAGUCUUAAUGUGGAUACUGCAGUCUACAAGCAAGGAUAACAGCCGCAAGGAAACUGCUGUAGUCAACUUAGAUGCUCCACAACCACAAAUGGAGGUCUCCAUAAUCAGAGAAACCGUUGUAAUGUGUGAAGUAUGUACUAUUUCCUAUCGUCAGGACAUCAUCAUUUUUCCUCAUAGGCGUUGUGUUCCCUAUACCGUGACAAAGACAUGAUUGGGGCAAAUUGCAAUGGUCUACAUUCCACAACUAAAUCACUUCCGACACAUUCCAUUAAUUUAUUUAUUGAUCGAUUACAAUAAUCAUGACGAUGAGGAAAUUAUAAGCAUGGGAAAAUCGUGAAUGGAAAUCAUGGGAAAUUUCAAUGGAAAUCACACAAAAUUUCAAAAGGAACUUCUCUUAAAAGUAUUUCUUACUUCUAUAUUUACGUGUUCACAAUCAAAAUAGCAUGAAAGAGUUUCAAAUAUCAUAGGAUUAUUUAUCUAUAGAAUCACUAGGAACUCAUAAUUAUAUUUUUGAGAACAAUCAAAGGAAAUUCGAGGAAACAAUUACUGGAAUGAAUUUCUUUCUGUGCUACUUGGAUACACUGCCUCGGAUGAUAGCUCUACGUCAGAUUCAGCAAUAGGAACCUUAUUAGCUGCAAGCAGCGUCAAUGAAGAAACGAAACUCAUUAGAUUGGAUUACCCGAAACAGAAGAUAUCGUAUUCAUCAAAAGGUUACAAGAGAUCAAGCCAAGAAGAAACAAGUGAAAGAGACCUACGACCUACAAGCCAUCCACAGCAAGUGAAAACACCAAGGCAUCUGGUGAAAAGGAUUUACAUGAACACCCAUAAAGACUUUCACAACUUAGAGCUAUUCUGUUAGCUUUUGUAUAGUCACAAAAUACAACUGUCUACACACGGUAGCAUUGUCUUUGAUAUUGCUAUCAACAUUAGCUGGGGUAGGCACAACUUGGCUAACAGGAGGUCAAGUUAGCCCUCCGUCUGACCUGUUGUUUGGAUAAUCUACAAGCCUAAUAUUUGGUUGAUUGUUUGUACUCUGGAUGAGAAACGGAGAUACUCAAUCACAAGCACGUGAUGUCACAUCAGUCCCAGACAUUACAUGCCUGACUACAAAUCAGCCACCAUCCAUCGGACCUUUGAAAAUAGAUAUCAACUGUUAAUGGAAAUUGGAUAAAGUUUCUUAUUUUUCUUAAGAAAAGCUAUUAAGGAUUAACUUCAAGGGAACCAGAUCCAGGAAAGAUCGUCUGGUUGCAUUCAAAGUCAUCAAAUGACAAGGGGUGCAUUGUUACAAGUAGAAAUGAGCUUCUCCAGAAUGUCAUCUUUUUUUCACCCUAACUACCAGACCCUCAGGGGAUGAUCAGUCCCCAUCAGUCAUUAAAGUAUGAUCGAUCAUUAAUCACCUGCAAAAAACUGCAGAGAAACUUUAAAGUCUUAUUAGGGAUUCAGGAAGAAGAAGAGAUGAAAUACUGAACUAGCUACAGCUAUGCAUGUGUUGUUGCUGUUAAGUUAUCAGAGGAGACUUCUGAAUAUUAUUUUGACUGAUUCCUUGUUCUGUAUAAUAGCAGCUGUAUCUAAAUAAGUACAUAGAUUGAUUGAUAGAUUCACAUACUUUAAAUUCUCACUUGACUUAAACUUAUUUCGAAAAUCAGUUUUGGAAAGUCCCAUGAGGUGAAGAGCUGAAUGAGCAGGAUGCCUCAAUCAGCUGACACAACAUAAGGGUCAGCCAGCACUCACCUCAAAUUAUAUUUUUACAUUCUUUUAGAAGGAAGCAACAAGUUUGAGUUUGAUUGCGGCUUUUUAUGCAAAGUUGUUGGAAGCCAAGGUUUGCAGUAUAGUGCGAUGGGCUUAGGCAAUGAUCUAGCUGAUUUUAAAGGAAAGGACUCAUAAGUGAGAAGUAGUUGACAAUGAGGAAAUCGACAUGUAUGGUUACCAAAUGAAACAUCUCAGUGACCAGAAAUCUUAUUUGAAAGCUCUGCCACAGCCCCUGCAGACUUCUAGGGAUAAAUCACUCAUCGCUGCCACUAAAAUCACCAGGUGUGUCGAGAUGUUGAUCUCCAUGAGUCCUUUCCUUUAACGUUGUGUACAUAUUCCAUGUUAGCUGAUCCUUGUUGUGUGUCUUCAGCUAAUUGUCCGCCAGAGAAACCGGCUGAGUAGCAAUUAACUGAAACGGAACUUACAACUGACCUACCUCAUUGUAGUAAGGUACAUGCACUCACACUAAAGACUUGAUUUCGUGGUCGCAUCUUUCCUAAAGAGUUAUGAAGAAUCUACUCCUCCACUUUAAACUACCCUCUUUGCUGUAGCUUUAAAAGUCUAAAGAAAGACUCUGCCCGGGCUGAGGCACAAAGAGCAAGCAGUCUAUAAUAAUGAAUGGAGUUUGAGAAACGGCCACACAAGGAUAUUGCUCUAACAAGCUGGUCAUGCGACUCUGCCUUGAUGGACUCACUGGGAAAGAUCACACCACGUAAUCUGGUCUAGGACACGGCAAAGCUUUCACUGUACUCAAAGGAGGGCUUCACACUGUGCUUACUUGAGCUAGGUCUUUCCCCUACUUCACUCCCUUAGAAUCCAUGGUGAGGCCAAACCGUUUCAUACACAUGUGUCCAACACUGUCAAAUCACUUGACUCUUUUGGGUUUUUUAGGUGACUUUUGCAUUCAUACAUGUUGAGCCAAUUUAUGCGUAGAGAAGUUCCAAAAUCAGUAAAUUUGGGGGAGGACUAUCCAACUAACUUGCUUAUAAAUUGCUUAUCAAAUCAAUUUCAGUAUAAGCAAGUGAUUGCGUUGAAUACAUUUCUCCCAUUAAACCCAUAAGUAAUUGCGCGACACAAAUCGGAAUUAUGUUGAAUUUGACCUAAAAAGGUUGAUAAACAAUCAAUUUCAAUGCCCAGUAUCUCAUUAAUGUAAUUUUUUAUCCAGGAUCUUUAUCAGUAGUCAAAUUUACCUCUUGUAUGUCAUGAAUUUCUAGGGUCGUUGGAGGGCCAAUCCAGAAAAUGAGGUAAUUACACCAGCCACUUGACAAUGCAAUAUUAGAUCGUUCUCUUUGCUAUGUCUUGGUCACUAGACAGAAGAACCUCUCAAUCAAGGACAACUUCAUAUUCAUAACCACAAAUCUAGACCUUUAGUGGUGUUCUUAUUAUGAUUUAGGAUUGAAAUAAGGUGUCCUUGAUAGAGAGGUGUGAUUGGAUCUCUAUGCUAAGUAGUUUACAACGGGCAGAAAGUUCCUAUCUAUCAAAGCGGAGCACUGGUCUUGAACUUUAGCAGAGUGAGCCAGAAUACUGGAGGUUUUAAAGCCUUUGCAUUGAUCAUGUGAGAUUGGGGUAGAAUGCUUGGGGGGGGGGGGGGGGCGCUACUUGCAGGCUUAGACUUGCAUGUAAAAGACAAUGUUAUGACUAAAAGGAUUGAAAUAUAUUGUCUUGAUUUUCGUAUCCAAGGUGUAUAUUCAUGUUUGGUAUAAAGAAAAUGGUGAAACAUAUUUAAAAUGUGACAAGUUCAUUAUCAUAUUCAUCAUAAAGGUUUUCAAUGAUUCCAAACUAUUUAUUGCAUUUCUUACAUAUUACUGAUAGCUAGCGCUUACAGCUAUACUAAUGUAAGGCAUAGCUUCAUUUAUGUGGUAAAAAAUGAUUUUGUAUAAAGCUGAGAUUUGAAAGUAGAACUGAAAAGUUGUGAUAUAUUUGUGUUUGUUGCUCUAUGCUAAGAUAGUCAUUCAAGAACAAUAAAAUUGACUUGCCAAUAAAAAAUAA